AUGGAGAAAAUGGCACUCACUUCUCAUAACUCUCUAUUAUUCUCUUCCACGACACUUCCAAAGCAUUAUUCUUCUUCUCCGCUCUUCUUUUCUAAGCGUAACAACCUUUUCGGACUUCCUUUAUCUUCUUCUAAACCAACUCUUCGAAUUGCUUCAAGGAACAAUAGGUCAAUCAAAUGUUCAAUUUCCGAAGUCACUGAGCCGAAAACUGAGAAGAAGAAAUUGAUGACAAGAGCAGAUAUUAGGAAUAUUGCAAUUGUUGCUCAUGUUGAUCAUGGAAAAACAACUCUCGUUGAUGCCAUGCUGAAACAAACUAAGGUGUUUCGUGAUAAUCAAACUGUGCAAGAAAGGAUAAUGGACUCCAAUGAUUUGGAGCGUGAAAGAGGAAUCACUAUACUGAGUAAAAAUACAUCUGUUACUUAUAAAGAUGCCAAGAUUAAUAUCAUUGAUACUCCAGGUCACUCUGAUUUUGGAGGUGAAGUCGAACGUAUCUUGAAUAUGGUCGAAGGAAUCCUUCUAGUGGUAGAUUCUGUCGAAGGACCAAUGCCGCAGACAAGGUUUGUCUUAAAGAAGGCUUUAGAGUUUGGUCAUGCGGUUGUUGUGGUUGUGAAUAAAAUAGAUAGAACUUCUGCUCGGCCUGACUUCGUUGUCAAUUCUACCUUUGAACUCUUCAUUGAGUUAAAUGCAACAGAUGAACAGUGUGACUUUCAGGUAAUAUAUGCAAGUGGUAUUAAAGGGAAAGCAGGGCUGUCUCCUGAAAAUCUGGCAGACGACCUUGGGCCACUGUUUGAAUCCAUCAUGAGAUGUAUCCCUGGACCGCGUAUUGAUAAAGAUGGCUCACUCCAAAUGCUUGUCACAAGUACCGAGUACGAAGGACAUAAAGGGCGUAUAGCAAUUGGGCGCUUGGAAGCUGGGGUUUUAGAAAAAGGAAUGGAAGUCAAGGUUUGUACUUCAGAAGAUUCAUGUAGAUAUGCAAGAGUUAGCGAGCUUUAUGUGUACGAGAAAUUCUUUAGGGUCCCAGCUGAAAGGGUGGAGGCUGGGGAUAUAUGUGCAGUAUGUGGAAUUUCUGAUAUUCAGAUUGGGGAGACAAUUGCGGAUAAAUUGACUGGGAAGGCACUACCGUCCAUCAAAGUGGAAGAACCAACAGUGAAAAUGUCUUUCUCCAUAAACACUUCACCUUUUGUCGGCCGUGAGGGAAAGUAUGUUACCAGUAGGAAUUUAAGGGACAGGCUUUAUCGUGAGCUUGAGCGAAAUCUGGCUAUGAAGGUUGAAGAUGGUGAAACAGCCGAUACAUUCAUUGUCAGCGGGCGUGGAACUUUGCAUAUCACCAUACUCAUUGAAAACAUGCGAAGGGAAGGAUUUGAAUUCAUGGUUGGGCCUCCCAAAGUUAUCAACAAGAAGGUUAAUGACAAAGUGUUGGAGCCGUAUGAGAUUGCAACUGUGGAGGUACCUGAAGUGCACAUGGGAGCUGUUGUUGAACUUCUUGGCGGGAGACGAGGGCAAAUGUUUGAUAUGCAAGGAGUUGGAUCGGAAGGAACUACACUACUCAAAUAUAAGAUCCCAACCCGUGGUCUACUUGGAUUGCGUAAUGCAAUUUUAACUGCUUCCCGAGGGACAGCUAUUCUCAACACUGUGUUUGAUAGCUAUGGGCCUUGGGCUGGUGACAUGAAUACUCGAGAUUUAGGCUCACUGGUUGCUUUUGAGGGCGGAACGAGUACUUCUUAUGCAAUUGCUAGUUCACAGGAGAGGGGGCAGAUGUUUAUUGGUCCUGGAGCAGAAGUUUAUAAAGGUCAAAUUAUUGGUAUCCAUCAACGCUCAGGGGACUUGUCCUUGAAUGUUUGCAAGAGAAAAGCUGCAACGAAUAUUCGUUCCAACAAGGAACAAUCAGUGAUUCUUGAUACACCAUUGGAUUAUAGUUUGGAUGACUGCAUUGAAUACAUCCAAGAAGAUGAAUUAGUAGAGGUCACCCCCCAAUGUAUAAGAAUGUGCAAGAAUCCAAAAUUUUCAAAGAAAGGAAAGUAG